AUGGCACCACCAGCCAUUGUGCAUUUGCCCAACGGCCAUAACCUGUCCGUCACGCCUGUCUUCGGCGGUCUGUAUUUCAAGUCGGUCGAUGCUCACAACCACCAAAACAUUUUCCCUCCUGGUUGGACUAUCACCAUUGAGAGCGAAGACAAUGAGCAUCCAAUCACCCCGGGCGCUGAUUCCGAACUCCCUGGCGCACCAAGGUACCGCGUUCACAGCUACAGGCAGCCAUCCCUACAGAGUGAUCAUUUGUUCAUAUCCAGUAUUUCCAACCCGCCUAAUGAGCGCACUCCUUCUCAAUUCCCUGCAUCCUCUCCAACCCGACAGAUUGCUAUGAUGCUAUGGGCUACUUUGUACUGGUACUUUCAACAGCCGGAGCCUGAUGCAAAGAUGACCAACUCUACCUCUCAGGGUACCGCUGAGGCAGGAAGACCCAAGGGUGAAUGGCGCAUCAACAUCAACCGCGAAGGUGUGUUCCGCGGAAAACAGUUGAUGCAAAAAUUGGAGCGCAUGGGUUUGAUCGCUACCGAGGAUUCUGCAGUUGGAACCUCUUUGGAUCCCAAUACUCCGGAUGGUUGGUCGGCCAUGUUUGUUUCCAGACGCCAUUUCUGGCAGCUUGACCCUCGCAUCUAUCUCUUCACCAGCAACCCGCAGGUCAACUCUGCCUUGGUCUCGCAUACCCACCUUGAUUCGAGACCAGACUCGCCUGCUCUCGGUGUGCCUAGUAGUAGACCCGAUUCGAUUGUCGACAAUGCCGGCCCUGUGGCUGCUACUGGCGGUAACCAUGGUCUCUGGACACCUCCUGGCCAAUUCAAGUCAUCUUCGCAUCUUCCUACCUUUUACCCGCCCGCUCCAGCUCAGUACAUAUUCACUGACAACGUUCGCCAUCCUUUGCGUCCCAAACCUCCUCGUCAAGGCGAGACUUUUUACACAAGAUACAUCCCCAGCCUUGGCGAAUAUCUCUCUUUUCGCGUUGCAUCAUUGUCCAAAAGACCUGUGCAGCACAUCGGUCCAGUGUCAGAUCCGACCCCGGGAGCUUCUCCGCUUCGUGCUUCUGCCAGUGCCAGCGAUUCGCACGUCCCAACCAUUGGCACUUUGAACCAUGAAAUGAGCGACGGUGAUCUUCUGCAUAAGUGGAUGAAUGAUGAGCGUGUUGCAUACUCGUGGGGCGAACAAGGCCCUCUUUCCCACCAGGAAGAGUUUCUGAAGGCUGGAUUGACGAACAAACACUCCAUUCCAGUGAUUGGCUGCUUUGACGGAAAGCCCUUCGGCUACUUCGAGAUCUAUUGGGUCAAGGAGGAUAGACUGGGCUCAUACCUGGGAUAUCAAGUGGCGGAUUAUGAUCGCGGGCUGCAUGUUCUGGUUGGUGAGCAGAAAUUUAGAGGCCCUCACCGUGUCAAGGUCUGGCUGAGCGCAUUGGUACACUUCUGCUUCCUCGCAGACGCCAGAACAGAAUCGGUGAUGUUAGAGCCGAGGGUCGACAACAUCAAGUUGAAACAGUAUUGCGAAGAAGUCGGCUUCUUCAAAGAACGCGAGAUCAGUUUCCCGCACAAGCAGUCAAACCUCAUGAAGAUCCGCCGCGAAGCCUGGGAUGCUCCCGCCAUCUAG